AUGCAGUUUAAAACCCUCCUCGGUACCUGCAUCCUCGGGCUCGCUUCCUUCGCCCUGGCCGCUCCGUCUUCCGGUUCCAAUUCCAAGCUUCCAACCGAUGUCUAUAUGGACAAAAUUAUGCCUGUGCAACUUGCGCGUAUCUACGAUUUCCGCUCCUACUUUUCCGAUCUGACUCCUGAACAAGAAAAAUAUCUUGACAAGCUCGCCUAUAAAAUCCGGCAUAUGAACUUCAAAAACCUCCACGAAAUCCAAGCCGAGGGCGAAGAAGUUUUUAAAGAAAAGGGGCCAAAGCCAACGGGUAAACCCAAGAGGGGUGACAAUGGCCGGACUAACUCCCCUCGCGACUUCAAAGUGCUUUUCUCACCAAUACGAGAUAUCUUUGUUCACUAUCAGUGA